CCAAAGACGAGUGAACACAGUGCAGUGCAGUAGCGUGGUUUGCAGGUGGCACUCUGGUGUUGGCUGGGUAGUGUACUUCAACAUGUCUCUUUCUCUUUCUUUUUCUCUUCUUUUCCUUCUUCUCUCUGUUACAGCUUCUCUUCCCCAUUCUCAUUCCUUCUCAGCCCAACACCACCAACCUCACUUUGCCACCCACAACUACAGAGAUGCUCUUACCAAAUCCAUCAUCUUCUUUGAAGGCCAGAGGUCAGGGAAGCUCCCCUCUAACCAGAGGAUGUCUUGGAGGAGGGACUCUGGUCUCUCCGAUGGCUCUACCAUGCAUGUUGAUUUGGUUGGAGGGUACUACGAUGCAGGGGACAACAUCAAGUUUGGCUUUCCCAUGGCCUUCACCACCACCAUGCUUUCUUGGAGUGUUCUUGAGUUCGGUGGGAUGAUGAAAGGUGAAUUGCCGAAUGCCAGAGAAGCGAUUCGCUGGGCCACUGAUUAUCUUCUCAAAGCUACUGCAUAUCCAGACACCAUUUAUGUUCAGGUAGGGGAUGCUAAGAAGGACCAUGCUUGUUGGGAAAGACCUGAAGACAUGGACACCCCAAGAAAUGCCUACAAGAUAGAUAGGAACAACCCUGGUUCUGAUGUAGCUGGGGAAACUGCUGCAGCUCUUGCAGCUGCUUCUCUAGCUUUCAGGAGAACUGACCCAGCAUACUCCAAAAUAUUGGUUAGGAGGGCUAUCAGGGUUUUCCAGUUUGCUGAUAAGUACAGGGGAUCCUACAGCAAUGGCUUGAAGCCCAUUGUUUGCCCCUUCUAUUGUUCCUACUCUGGUUAUCAGGAUGAGCUGUUGUGGGGUGCUGCUUGGCUGCACAAGGCUACUAAGAACCCAAAGUACCUUAACUACAUCAAGGUUAAUGGACAGAUCCUUGGAGCUGCAGAGUUUGACAACACAUUUGGGUGGGAUAACAAGCAUGUUGGAGCAAGGAUUCUGCUUUCCAAGGACUUUCUGGUUAAAAAGAUGCAAACCCUUCAUGACUACAAGGGUCAUGCUGACAAUUUUAUCUGUUCUGUUAUCCCUGGAGUCUCUUCCUCUUCAUACACCCCAGGUGGUCUUCUUUUCAAGAUGAGUGACACCAACAUGCAGUAUGUCACAUCCACCUCCUUCCUCCUCGUAACCUAUGCCAAAUACUUGACCAAAGCUCACACAGUUGUGCAUUGUGGCGGAACCACCAUAACUCCAAAGAUGCUUCGUUCUAUAGCCAAAAAACAGGUGGAUUACUUGCUAGGAGACAACCCUUUGAAGAUGUCCUACAUGGUGGGGUAUGGUCCUAGGUUCCCACAAAGGAUACACCACAGGGGCUCAUCACUGCCGUCCAUUGGCGUUCACCCUGGCAAGAUCCAAUGCUCAGAAGGAUUCAGUGUGAUGAACUCACAAUCCCCAAACCCCAAUGUUCUAGUGGGUGCUGUUGUUGGAGGGCCGGAUCAGCAUGACAUGUUCCCUGAUGAACGGUCAGAUUAUGAGCAAUCAGAGCCAGCUACUUAUAUCAAUGCACCUCUUGUGGGAGCACUGGCUUAUCUUGCACACUCAUUUGGCCAGCUCUAAAAGGAGAACAGUGUCUGCAACUUGUUUGCAUCUUAAUUUGUUUUUAAUUAUCCACUAGUUUAGUUUAGUUUAGUUUAAGCCAAUGUGGCCUAGUUGUGUUCCUUGGAAAUGCACACAAGGUAAGAGGGAUAAGGGAUAAUAUGGCACAAGCCCCCACCCAACCUUGAAGAAGCCAAUUGGUUAAGGCAAAAUCAGUAGCCUGUACUCCAUGUUUUAUUUAAAGCUUUGUUAAGUGUUAAUUUAACCAAUCAAAUGCUUUGAGCAAAUUUCGUGCCAGAAA